GAAAGAGCCUUCCACCUUCCUGUCUUGGUUAAGCAGGCGUCGGAAUCCCAGGCAGCGGCCACAGGACCUUGCUGCAAGCAGGUGUGUACAGAGAGGAAGACUUAACAGCGUAGCAGCAGAAUGGAUAACGUCCUCCCGGUGGACCCAGACCUCUCCCCAAACAUUUCCACCAACACUUCGGAGCCCAACCAAUUCAUACAGCCGGCCUGGCAAAUUGUUCUCUGGGCAGCUGCCUACACAGUUAUAGUGGUGACUUCCUUGGUGGGCAACGUGGUGGUGAUGUGGAUUAUCUUGGCCCACAAGAGAAUGAGGACAGUGACCAACUAUUUCCUGGUGAACCUGGCCUUUGCGGAGGCCUCCAUGGCUGCGUUCAAUACAGUAGUAAACUUCACCUACGCUGUCCACAAUGAGUGGUACUAUGGCCUGUUCUACUGUAAGUUCCACAACUUCUUCCCCAUCGCUGCUGUCUUCGCCAGCAUCUACUCCAUGACGGCUGUGGCCUUCGAUAGGUACAUGGCAAUCAUCCACCCCCUCCAGCCUCGGCUGUCGGCCACAGCCACCAAGGUGGUCAUCUGUGUCAUCUGGGUGCUGGCUUUCCUGCUGGCUUUCCCCCAGGGCUACUACUCAACUACAGAGACCAUGCCCGACAGAGUUGUGUGCAUGAUCCAAUGGCCUGAGCAUCCCCACAAGAUUUAUGAGAAAGUGUACCACAUCUGUGUCACUGUGCUGACCUACUUCCUCCCCCUGCUGGUGAUUGGCUAUGCGUACACUGUAGUGGGAAUCACCUUGUGGGCCAGUGAGAUCCCAGGGGACUCCUCUGACCGUUACCACGAGCAAGUCUCUGCCAAGCGAAAGGUGGUCAAGAUGAUGAUAGUAGUGGUCUGCACCUUUGCUAUCUGCUGGCUGCCCUUCCAUAUCUUCUUCCUCCUGCCGUACAUCAACCCAGAUCUCUGCCAGGAGAAGUUUAUUCAGCAGGUCUACCUGGCCAUCAUGUGGCUGGCCAUGAGCUCUACCAUGUACAACCCCAUCAUCUACUGCUGCCUCAAUGACAGGUUCCGUCUGGGUUUCAAGCAUGCCUUCCGGUGUUGCCCAUUCAUCAGUGCUGGGGACUAUGAGGGACUCGAAAUGAAAUCCACCCGAUAUCUCCAGACCCAAGGUAGCGUGUAUAAAGUCAGCCGCCUGGAGACCACCGUUUCCACAGUGGUUGGUGCCCAUGAGGAAGAGCUGGAGGAUGGCCCCAAGACCAUGCCUUCAUCUCUAGACCUGACCUCCAAUGGUUCCUCCCGCAGCGACUCCAAGACCGUGACAGAGAGCUUCAGCUUCUACUCCAACAUGCUCUCCUAGAUACAGAUGCUUUCCACAGAUGCAGCUACCCACCACCUUUUUCUUGUUUCACUUCGUGCAUGGGUAUUUCCUUGAUCUGGAGACCAUUAGAAACACCCUAACAAUGGGACAUGUGAAAAGGGUCAGAAUGGUUCAGAUGAAAACAUUCCAUCCAAGUGUCAAAAAAAAAAAAAAGAUUCUCCUGUCUUUGAUACCUUCAUGUUGUGUGACUUACAGCAAAUCAUCAAACUUCUCUAAGCCUGUAAAAUGAUGAGAGAGUUGAGCUACAUCUUCUCUAUAGUUUAUUCUGUGAUUCUGCAAGUAACUUAAGCUGUAAGCAAAUGCUCAUUCAGGAU